AUGGACGACCGCACGGUGGACAGGAUAUUCUGCGGGUCUCUGGCCAACCUGCCACCCAUCAGCUCCAAGAUCCUGCGCAUCUUCACCUCAUCCACCUUCACGGACAUGGGGAUGGAGCGCAACACCCUCAUGGCGGAGGUGUACCCCAAGCUCAAGGAAUAUUGCAGGGAGAAGCAUGGACUCGAGUUCCAGGUGGUGGACAUGAGAUGGGGUGUGCGGGACGAAGCAACAGACGAACACUUGACGACGGAGCUCUGCAUGCGCGAGAUCCGCAACUGUCAGCGCCUCUCUAUGGGGCCCAACUUCGUCUUUUUUGGGGGGCAGAAGUACGGGUACCGCCCCAUACCCGCGGUAAUCCUGGGCAGCGAAUUCUUACUGCUGAGGGAGGCGCUCCAGAGCAUGAACAUAGAAACUACCCUCCUGGACACCUGGUACAAGAUAGACACCAACGCCGUGCCCUUCGUCUAUAUCCUCCAGUGGAUAUCAACGAUACUUGUCAAUUUCAACAAUAAGCGCGUGCCCAAGCUGCAAGCUCAGGACCAAGCCACAUGGUGGGACACGUUGGCCAAGAUGCAGAAACUGCUCAGGAAAGCAGCACAGACGUGCUACAACCAGCGCAAGAUUGACAAGGAUGCCAUGCAUAACUACUUUAUGUCGGUGACGGAACGUGAGGUCAUCAACGGCAUCCUGAACGUGAAGAACACCCGCAACCACUGCCUCGCGCAAGUACGCUACAUCAACAACAUUAACCUGCAGAACCUGCGCCGCGCCGGCAACUUCAUCGACAUCGCCAACCGCCAAGUGGACUCAGAGGCCGUCAAGCUCCUGUCCAACCUGAGGGAUGACCGCCUUCCUGCCAAGAUAGAGGCGUCUAACUACCACAGGUACACGGUGGAGUGGAUAGGGCGGGAGGGACUCUCCCCCGACACCCAUGCAGAAUACCUGCAAGAGUUCUGCACCCACUUCUACAAGGGGAUAACUCGUCUGGUGGACCGCGCCAUGAGGAAGGAGGAUAACUCUCCUCAAGGCCAAGUCAUCACAGAGAUCCUUCAGCAUCUACACGCCUGUAACAACUCCGUCAAGGUGUUCUACGGGCGAGAGGAGGAGCUGCAGCGGGUGGCCCGCUACAUCACAGACGGGGACGUGCGCCCCCUGGUGCUGCACGGUGCGGGGGGCUGUGGCAAGACGUCGCUGCUGUCUAAGUGCGCCGCCUCGUCGGGGGCGUGGCUGGCCCCCGCCAAGCCCGUCCUCAUCAUUCGCUUUGUGGGCACCACGCCAGACUCAACCGCCCUCACCCCCCUACUUACCUCUAUCUGCCAUCAGGUAUCCUACAACUACAUGCUGGCCUUUGAGGACAUUCCGGAGGACUUGGUACCGCUCACUGCACACUUCAAGGAGAUCUUGAGCUGCGCGAAAGAGACCCAGCCGCUUCUCAUCUUCCUGGACAGCGUGGACCAGGUGACAGGAGCGGCCGACGCCAACAGGAUGUCAUGGAUACCAACGCGUCUCCCACCCAACGUCAAGAUUGUGCUCUCGACGGUCUCUGAGGAAGACAAUCCUGAGAUUUCCCGCGACUUCAAACUGCUGUGCCGGAUGAUCGAGACUCCGGAGAACUUCCUGCAGGUCACGGCGCUGGGGGAGGACCUGGCAAUGGAGGUCAUCAAGAAGUGGAUGUGUUCCGCUCAUCGCGACCUCAACAACUACCAGUGGCGCGUGGUGAGCAACGCCAUCAGCCACUGCUCGCUGCCCAUCUUCGUGAAGCUGGUCUUCGCCGAGAUCUGCAGGUGGCAGAGCUACAGCAAGCCACAGAGCACACUGCUCGCCACCAAUGUCAUGGACUCCAUCAUGAUGCUCUUCGAGAAGAUCGAGAAGCAGCACGGCCGCCUGAUCGUGUUCCACGCCCUGGCCUACGUAACGGCCAGCAAGAGCGGCCUGUCCGAGUCAGAGAUGGAGGACCUCAUAUCUCUCGACGAUAAGGUACUUGAUGACGUGUACCAGUACCACAUGCCCCCGGUACGUCGCAUUCCGCCGCUUCUGUGGACGCGUAUCAGCAGUGAUCUGCCAGGGUACCUCGCGGACUGUGAGGCGGACGGUGUAUCUGUGAUGAACUGGUACCACAGACAGUUCAAGGAGGCCGCGGUGAAGCGCUACUUCAACAACCAGAACAUGGCUACGUAUAUCCACUCCAUGGUGGCAGAUUACUUCCUCGGAAUCUGGGGGGGCGGUGUCCCCAAACCCUUCAAAUACACGGAGAUCCAGAAGCACAGGUUCAACUUGAAGAGCAAAGAUGGCCUAGCAGACCGCAAGGUGCCACUGCAGCCGCUGGUCUACUACAACAAGGAGGGCAAAGUUACUCGCUACAACCUCAGAAAGUUCGGGGAGCUGCCCUACCACCUGGUCAGGUCUCAACGGUUUGACGACCUAUUCAGCCACGUGCUCUUCAACUACCAAUGGCUCCACGCGAAGCUUUCCUCGCGCCCCCUACAAGCGCUGCUCAGCGACUUCGAAGAUGCGACCUGUCAUAUAGACAGCAGGGACCAGAACAGGGAGCUGAUGCUGGUGGCAGACGCUCUUCGUCUGGGCGGCGCCAUCUUGUCCUCGUACCCUGACAUGCUGGCAGCUCAGCUGGUGGGUCGCCUGCUGCCUGAGAUGCACAACAACCCUCAUGUCAAGAGCCUCCUGCAGCAGUGUGAUGAAGAGGGCAUGAUGCACUGUGCCCUCAUGCCCUCAUACCACUGCAUGCACACACCAGGCGGUCCCCUGAAGUAUUCACUGGAAGGCCACCAGUUCGCGGUGUUCGGCUUCUCCCUGACCAGCGACCUGCGCUACAUCGUCAGUGUGUCGAACAAAUUCAUCACGUGGGACCUCGCCACGUCUGACCUCACCCGUCAAGUUGUGCCGGAGAUCGAAGGCAUUCUCCAAGACCUGACGCUGUCACCUGAUAACAAAUUCGCCGUCGCCCACACCAACAACAACCUGGUGAGUCCUGUUGGUCAGUCGUGUAGCGUUGAUUUCGGCAUCUACAGCAGCUGGGCGGUGUUCAACUUGAGAGGCCAGCUGGUAGACAAAGUUAAAUCAAGUUGGGAUGACGAGAUCAUCACCAUGAAGUUCGAGACUCUGCAGGAGUACACGGCCAUCACAGUGAGCAGCAGCGACUGCAGAGCCUUCACUCAGCACACCGUCACCGCCGCUGCAGAGCUCCAGCCUCUGCUCUUCUACGACGCGCAGUGCAGAGGAGCGUCUGCACAGGAGGUCUAUUGCUGUACAGCAGACCACGCUGUGUGUCUGCACAGGAGAGCAGACUCUGCAUGGCAGCGUGUACAGACUAUGAACAAUGAGACGCCUCUUCUGCAGCUGCAGCUUGCGUACGACCUGCAGACUUUGGUGGGGACUACCAUGAACGGGUUCAAGGUGUGGGAGGUGCAGGAGGGGGGGCAGGUGUGGGGGCUACAGCUGCCCCAUGGAGUGAGGAACAUCAGCACGCGCCCCAUGACCUCCAACUGCUGCGUCCUCUCCAACGGCAGGGAAUACGCCGUCGCCGGCGUCAGGAAGAGCCUGUACGUGUGGACGCUGCAGGACGGGCGUCUCGUCAAGGAACUCGACGCGCACUUCGGCAGGAUCAUCAGCAUGGCCGCCCUCACCGUCCGGGACUGGAACUCCGUCAUCACCUCCUCCCUCGAUCGCUCCGUCAAGGUCUGGAACAUCAACAACAUCUUCGAGCAGGUGCACGUCAUCGACCGACACGAGCUGCAGGUCGACCACAUCAGCCUGUCCCCGACGCAGCCGCUGGCGGUGACCGUGACGCGUAACUGCGUCGGUCUCUGGAACCUCAGACUCGGCAAACUCACCAGCAAACUCGCCGACUCACCCCUGGGCGCCAUAGUCACCCAUGCUGAGAUCACCAGUGACUCUAGGUACGUCGUGUCCACGGAAUCAGGCAACGUACUCAUCUGGAACGUCAAGACGUUGUCGGUGCAGUUCAGGGCCCCACAGCGCGGCGUCGUGCAGCUCCUCAUCAUCGACGGCGACACCAAGUUUCUGGCCAUCUGUCGGAGCUCAGGCGAGGACGUGUGCCACGUGGUCGCCCGCUGCCUGCCCUCCGGCGAUCUCCUGUACGAACUCGCCUGUCCCUUCAGACUCUUCAAGCUGCCCUGCGUGUCUGCAGACGGUCUGCUGCUGCUGGUGCCGUCUGCAGACGGCAUGAAGGACGUACUCUUCGUUUACCACGCCAAGACGGGUACACUGCUGCACAAAAUGGUACUCAAGUAUCCAGGGUACAAAGACUUCCACGCCCUGGUGCCCAUGCCUAACAGGCCUACACAGGUCGCCCUCAUUGACCCCGACAAAGGGAACAUCGUCGACGUGCGCACCAAAAAAUUCAUCCGAUCCAUCCACAAGUGGGGUGGCAAGGUGACAAGCGACGGUCGUUACGGCCUCUUCGCCCCCGCUCGAGGAGGACUGGAACUGCUGGAGCUCCGACACGGGACGUCGGUGCGGACGCUGAUACCUCGGGUGGCCGAAGGGGUGUUCACUGUCAUCUGCAUGUUCACCAAGACCGACGAAUACGUCCUCUACUACCACGGCGGGAGGAAAACCAUUCGGGUGUUCAGGGUCGCGGACGGGACGAUGAUCGCCAACUACCGCGUCCAGGCCGAGCUGACGGGCAUAGCGUGCAGUGUGGACGGCGCCAACGUCGUCCUGGGGACGGUGGACGGCUGCGUCACCUGUCUAACCAUUGUCGACCCUAUCAACCCGUCCAGCCGUCACAUACUCGCUCGUCUGCCGUCCCGUGACCUGAAGCGUAACAUGUGCUGUACAAUCAUCAGCUGCACAGCCUCGCUGCCACCACCUGAACUGCCACUCAUCAGCUGCACAGCCUCGCUGCCACCACCUGAACUGCCACCCAUCAGCUGCACAGCCUCGCUGCCACCACCUGAACUGCCACCCAUCAGCUGCACAGCCUCGCUGCCACCAGCUUAA